GCAACGUGGGAUAUGCAUUUAUCAACAUGAUUAAUCCUAGUCAAAUUAUUACAUUUUAUCAGACAUUCGAUGGGAAGAAGUGGGAGAAGUUCAACAGUGAAAAGGUGGCGUCACCGGCUUAUGCUCGUAUACAAGGAAAGGCGGCCCUUGUUGCACAUUUUCAGAACUCAAGCUUGAUGAAUGAGGAUAAGAGAUGCCGACCUAUACUCUUUAAUACUGACGGCCCCAAUGCAGGUGAUCAGGUACCAAAGUUGACCGGAAGGACAUGGAACCAGUUAUUGCAGCCUUGUGGUGGUAAACAGGACCAUUGUUAGGCACC